AUGAAGUUCCUCGCCCUGAGUCUCGCCCUGAUCGCCGUGAUCUCCUGCGCCCUGGCCAUUCCUGUGGAUCUGGACAAUGGAGAACAGCUGACGCUCUUGGAGUUGGAGGCGGAUCAGGAGCCGCAAGUGGAUGAACUGGAGGGCGAGAGAGUGGUACGAGGACUAGGAGGACUGGGAGGACUUGGCGGCAAGUUUGGCGGUUUCGGAGGACUCGGCGGCCUGAAGGGAGGAUUCGGUGGUCUGGGACACGGCUUUGGCGGUGGUUUUGGAGGACACGGUUUCGGCGGCGGCUUCGGUGGACUCGGCAGCUUCAAGAGCCUCUUCGGCAAGAAGUUCCGCUAA